AUGCACUCUACAAUCGAUCAAAGUCACAAACGACUCUCAGAUUCUUCACCCUCAACCUUCUACAAACAGCCUAAUAACUACGCACGACUCGGAAAUCUCCUCUUCAUUCUCGAACUGAUCCGGAGUCCAGAAAGUUCAUCAACGUCUCGCAAACCGUCUCCUCACAAAUCUCAAGUGAAAUCAGAGCUUCCAUCCCACUUCAUCGAACGUACUGGCACCAUGGCUGGCCCAAAAGUUGAGAUCAUCGAUCCCAAGGGGGACGUGAUUAUUGUCUCCGUGAAAGAAAAGGAUGAUCCAUCAGACUCAUUCACGACGCUCCUUCCCAGCCAUACACGAGAGGGGACUCGAUUCAAGGUUUCGUCCAACUUGCUCACGCAGUCCUCGGACUACUUCAAGGCAAGACUGGGUCAGAAUUGGCCUGAAGACCAGGAGCUUUCUCAGAAAGGAAAUGUCAAGAUCAGAAUCGAUGGCUUCGAGCCUGAGGGUGUUCGCAUUGCCCUGAACAUUCUACACGGCGCAAUGAUCAGAUUCCACUGCAAGUAG